AUGAUUAUAGUUAAAUCUAUUCUAUUUCUAUUUCUACUAAUUCUUCCAUCGAAUAUUGUUUUUACACAAAGUACUUCUAAUACUUAUAAUGCUUAUCAAAUAAGUGUUCCAUACGUUACAACAUGUUUAUCAAGUCAAUAUUAUGAUAUUGCGUUAUUACAAUGCUCAAAUUGUCCAGAUAAUGCAGUACAAAAAUCGACUGACAACACACAAUGUGAAUGUAUCGAUACUUCAUAUUAUUAUGCUGUAAAUCAAGGUGGUGGUUCAUUACUUUGUUCAAAAUGUGCUUCUGGAUUUCGACGAUCAACUGAUGGAUUUGGAUGUACUCUUUAUAGUAGUAGUUGUGCUACCUCAACUUCGACCGUAGUUCCUUCGGAAUCAAAUCUUGAUGGUAGUGUAUAUUCAUCUAAUUCCACAUCAACUAGUCCACGCUAUACUGGUGAGACAUGUCAAACUUGUGUAGCUGGUGCUUGGUCUGAUCCAGAUAAUCAACGAUGUACUCCAUGUGCUAUAGUUACUCCUCAUAUCGGGUCAGCACCAACAAGCAUCAGUUGUUGUGCUCUUAGUGAUAUUAAAGAUGGUAUGUGCUUAACUUAUAUAAUCAAUACAUUGAAUAUUGCUAUAUCACCUAUUUAUAAUAACCGAUUUAACAGUCCAACAGUUUCAUCAUUUUUUAAACAACAUCUUGAUGCAUCUUUAUAUCUUUGUCUAAUGAAUUUAAAUAAUAACACUGCAGCUCAAACAACAAAUCGAACUCUUUUAUCGAAUGCAACAGCUUGUCAAGUUUUAGCGAAUAUCGUUGCUAUGCAAUUUUAUUAUCCGGUAAAUAAUUAUGCUUAUAAUCUAUAUCAGAAUUAUAUAUGGACGCCAACAUCUUCAUCGGUAUGGUCAGCUUCAGAGAUAAGAACAUCAAUACCAUUUCUUGCUUAUCCAUCAACAUAUUAUCAAGAAAUAAAUAGUGCAUCAUAUAACUGGAUACCAGUAGCAUCAUCUACUCAAAAUAAUUUAAUAAGAUAUAAAUUAGCAAAAUAUUCUCCAACAGGAAAAUAUAUUGGACUUUUUGAUGCAUUUGAUGCAUAUCUACAAUUAUGUGGUAGUAGUUAUACCGAUGGUAGACCAGCGUUUACAUUUGGAACGCAAUAUAAAAAAGCAUGUAAUAUUCGUGUUGAUGCAUUAUGGUCUUCAACAUUAUAUGAUACUGCUUUUUAUGAUCCAUACAUUUUAUUUACUCAAUCUGGUACUGAUUAUAUGUUACCAACACCAGUUGUUAUCAAAAAUUAUAAAGCAAAUGAUAGUUCAAGUCCUAAUCAAAAUGAUGAUGAAUCACAAUGGGUUUAUCAUCGACGUUUUUUUCUAAUUGAUCGUAUUUCUGGUAUUCUAGAUAGUACUGGUGAAUUAAAUAAUAUUCAUUAUGCUAAAUCAAUUAAAAUCGUGAAUACAUUAACAAAUAGUGCUGCUAACAUUCAACCACCAUUAAUUAUUAUUGAAUACGGUGAAUUAGCUAUAUCCGAUACAGGAAAAGGAAGUCUUGUAGAGAUUACAUUUGAAACUCAAUAUCGUAUGAAUCUUGAUACACAUAUCAGUAGUAUAUGGAUAGCAAUUGGUGUUUUAUGUGGUUUGGGUUUCAUAUUGUCAUUGAUAGAAACAAGAGUUUGGUAUUCAAGAGCUGGAAAGAUAAUGAUUGAUUUAGGAACAAUUGGUAAAUUUUUCCUAUAUUUAAUUAAUUCAAUUGGUACAAUUUUUUUUAUUGUUAUGGCGGGUGUAUCACUUUGGUGGUUAAUAUUUUUUAAAAGACAAGAUGCAAUCUAUUUAGUUAUACCAACAACUAUUCAACAAACUUCAUUUACUGUACUUGUUGUUGUUGCAUUUGUUCUUAAAACAUUAGAUAUUCUUCAUUUAAUUAUUCGUCAAUCAAAUAUUGAUAUUUUCUUUAUUGAUUGGGAAAAAUCAAAAUCAGGAAAUCCAAAUACAAUUUCAGUUUGGCGAUCAUAUUUUGUAGCAAAUGAAUAUAGUGAAAUUCAAACAUUUCGUCGUAUUAAUGUUACAUUUCAAAUUAUCUUUGUUUUACUUUUAUUAAAAGUAAUUAACUUAGAGAAUGUUGCUACAAUUCAACCAGGAGUAAAUCUUUUUCCAUCUUCAACGGAUUAUGUGCCAGCUUAUAAUGGUAUUCUACGUGUCGGUAUUGCUUUUUCUAUGUGGCUUGGUGUUGCUCUUAUUCAAUAUUUAAUUUAUAUUUUAUUCUACCAACGUUUUGUUCAAGAUAAAAUAAUUAAUUUUCUUGAUUUAUGUUCAGUAUCAAAUAUAAGUGUAUUUAUUCUUAUGGAUAAUCUCUAUGGAUAUUAUAUGCAUGGUCGAUCGCCACAUGGAACAGCCGAUGUUAAUAUGAAAGAAAUGAUGACUAAUUUAGAACGUGAAUCAAAUCAAAAGAUUGGUACGCGAGGUUUACAACCAAAUUCGGAUGAUCAAACAUUUAUUAUUCGAGUUGAUAAAGCAUUUCGAUCACAAUAUGAAUUAUUACUUAAAAAUUAUCAAAAUCGAAUUCUUACACGUUUAACAAAAAAAGGUGAUGAACAUGAAUGCGAAAUUCUAUUAGCGUCAUAUCGAAAUUUAAAUGAAUUUUUAUGUGCUUUUAUUAAUCAAUCAUUACCAACAUAUAGUUAUAGUGUACGUCCACGUGUUUUCUUAGAAAAAAUUCUCAAUUGUGAAUUACGUUUUCGAAAUACGCCAAUAUCACAAGAACAAACAGAAAGUAUAUUCUAUAUUGAUUUAGAUAGAAAUUUUACUAAAACAUUAUUUGCUGGUUAUGAAAAUUCAUUAUUUAUUUGGAAUACAGCAACAUUUCUUUUUAUUGAUUAUUUUGCAAUGAAUUAUGUUUUAGCAGCAAUUAUUACUUAUUUUCUUAAUUUAAUUGCUGGCAAAUUACGUGUAUCACUAGGACAACGAAAUUUAUCAAAGAAAACAUUAAUUCCAAAAAAUUUUCUUGUUUAA